UUCUGAAGACUUUGCAUCUAUCGCCGGAGUGACUUCACCUGUUGGUAUGGUUGUUAGUGACUCACUUUCCAUAGGUAAGCUUAUUCAUACAACGGCGCUAACUUUCUGCCGUCAGAGCUUAUACAUGACCCUUAUUGUCAUCUCUGCCUCAUCGGUUUCCAAUGCCUUAUUAUUUAGUUGUUGCCCUCAGUUCCGCGCCCCCACCAUCAACCCCCUCAGGCUGUCCCGUCCUUCACCACGUACUGCCACAGGCUUCCUGCAGAGUUGCCAACGGCACCACAUCCUGCCUCACAUGCACGCACACACAGGAGCUCACUCAGUGUGUCGCCUGGACGUGGCUGAGGUGUGAGUUUUCCCGCAAGUGGUCUGUGUGGGCAAAGUGAGCCCCAAGCAUCUGUUAUAUCGCACACAGACAUGUGACGCACGUGCAGCGCGAAGCCACCGCUAAGACAUGCAGGCUCGUACUCGUGACGGCACCUGUAGAACUGUGGGGUGUUUUUAAGGUCGCCAUGACGGUAAGCGAGCAGGACACUGAAAGCCUCCUGCCGCGUCAUGAAGAAGACGACAGCAGUGAUGGUGAUGACACCGGCGGGCGUCGGGAAGGAGAGCCGCCCUACCGCAACCAGCAAUGCCGGGUGAGCGUGGAGCCUGCGGUGCUUGUGACGGUAUUCGGGCUGGGCCUGGACCUGGUGUUUCAUGAUAAACUGUGGCUGCAAAAGAUCUGUGAGGUGCACUUUGGCUUUGGCGAGAAGGUGUGCAGCACACUGGAGGACGGCAGCCACCCGGAGGAGGAGGAGGCGGUGCAACAGUUAGCCACCCGCUACCGCAUGUACGCUAAGGUGGUGGAGCAGGGGCUCGGGCUGGUGAUGGUGGUGGUGAUGAGCGUAUACAGUGAUGUCCUCGACCGGCGGCUCCCCCUGCUGUGGUGCCACGCUGGCUUCCUGCUGAUGGCGCUCAUCUCGGCGGUCAACGUGUACUGGUGGUGGCUGCCCCCUGAGAUGCUCUUGCUGAACUACGUGAUGCUGGGGGCGGGGGGCGGCACGCUCGUCCUGUACAUGGGCGUGGAAGCCUACGUGAGCGCUGUCUCUGAGGAACGACACCGCACCACGAGGCUGGCGGUGUUGAAGGUGAUGGCGUUGGUAGGCAGGAUACUUGGCCCGGCCGUGGCAAUGCUCUUGUUCCACAGCGGUGGCUACCUGGCUGUGUUCGGCACGCAGAGCCUCGCCUUCAUCGCCAGUAUCGUUUACGUGCUGCUGAUGCUGGAGAGGCGCCCCGGGGAAGGCCCCUCCAUAGCCACGCAGCAGCAGCAGGCGGUGAUGUCCCUGGCCAACCUGAAGAGCACAGUUUUGGUGGUGUGCCAUGCUCGGGGGCAGAACAGCAGGCGACGCAUUCUGGCUCACAUGUGUAUUGUGUGGAUGGGACUCUUUUCACUUGGGUCGUUGAGUUUCCUGUUCUUCUGUGUCCAGAAUAGAUUCCACUGGAGCUACAAGACCUUCACCCUGUGGUCCGUCAUCGACGUGAUAGUAUCCUUACUGGGUCUGCUGGUGGCGGUGCCGGCCAUCAGCUACAUAUGCCGGGCGAGGGACGGCGUGCUGGGCCUCCUCGGAUCCUUCUCGCUCCUUUUCAAGAAUGUGCUCCUCGCUACCGCCCCGAGAGCCUGGGUCCUCUACCUUGGUUCAGCAGCAGGCGUGUGCGGGGAGGUGGUAGGCGUGGCAUCGCGGGGAGCCAUCUCCAAGCUGGUGGAGAAGCGGCACCUCGGGGCUGUGUUCGGCAUGCUAGCAGUGGGGGAAGGUCUCGUGCCUGUCCUGUCCGCCAUUGUGUUCGCUUCUCUCUACGCAACAACCUACGCUGUCUUUCCCGGAACAGUGUUCGUCCUUAGCGCCUUCUGCUGCGUCCUAAUGAGCUGCACCUUUGUGUGGGAAGUAACCUUGUGCAGCGUGAACUCUGCGGGGAGCGAGGGCAGGGUGGAGGAAGACAGCCCGGUCGAGGCUCCGUGCCCUCACUUGGCUCCCCCCGGCAGUGCGGGAGAGGGGGUCACUCUCUAACUCCCAUCCCAGUGUUUCACAACAACUGUAAAUUGUGGAAUUUAUCAUCUGAGAGAUAGAUAGAUAGAUAGAUAGAUAGAUAGAGAGAGAGAGAGAGAGAGAGAGAGAGAGAGAGAGAGAGAGAGAGAGAGAGAGAGAGAGAGAGAGAGAGAGAGAGAGAGAAUUUUCUUUAUUGAGCUUCCUUCAGUAUCAGCUGGCGGUUUUCGCCGGAGCGCUGGGUAUCGUUUCAGCUGCACCAGACAGCUGCGUGUCAUGCUACUAAACAUAUGGGGGCUGACUGUCGAAGCCAUAUUUUCUUGUAUGUUUACUGCGGAGAUGUCUUUGCUUUACAGUGUGCAAUCAUGAUGCAUAUGAGGAGUGAGCAUACAAAGUGUUGAGGGGACGGAGCUCCCCGGGGCGCCAUACUUAUGGCACACAGUCUAUCAAUUUACAAUUUGUCCUUCUUUCCAUGUAAACCUUUCUUAUAAAUAUCAAGCCCCGGAAUAUGAAAUUUCGCAGUCACUUGAGCACUCAAGCACCGCCUUUCCCAGCUCACCUGCAGGAAAAUCAGUCGCUAUUUGGGUUAGUAGAGAAUUCAAGCGCCUUUCAUUAGUGAUCGAAGGCCAUCCACAAUAAACCAAUGUAAGAACACAACAGAUUCUCCCACAAGCGAAAUGUGACAUAAACAUGAUUAGUUUUAGAGAAAUCUUAACAAAACUGGUUUGACUUCAGUUUUGGUGAGACCUAAGGGGUUUUGUUCGCAGUGGUAUGCUCGCAAAACAAGGCACGCUAACCUGAGGAUUCCACCUCGCCACUUUAUGAGUUACUAGAGGCGAUAAAGGUAUAAAUGAGGCGCCAAGAGCCAGAGUAACGUAGGCGCCAGAAAUAGAAAACAGAGAAAAAAGCGAUCAGUUUUGCAACAUUCAGAAUGCAAUAUCUCCUCAAUUAUUUUAUUUUAUUUAUUUAUUUAUUAUUAUUUUUUUUUAUGUAGGAAGGACACUGGCCAAGGACAACAAAAAUCCAGUAAAAAAAUGCCCACUGAAAUGCCAGUCCUAUAAAAGGGUCAAAGCAGUAGUCAAAAAUUGAUGAAUAAGUGUCUUGAAACCUCCCUCUUGAAGGAAUUCAAGUCAUAGGAAGGUGGAAAUACAGAAGCAGGCAGGGAGUUCCAGAGAUUAUCAGAGAAAGGGAUGAAUGAAUGAGAAUACUGGUUAACUCUUGCGUUAGAGAGGUGGACAGAAUAGGGGUGAGAGAAAGAAGAAAGUCUUGUGCAGCGAGAUUGAGAUAGGAAGUAGGGCUUAGCUUAAAAAUGUUUGUUAUUGCAUGUGAUUUACAGCCUAUACCUGGACAUUUAGUGAAAUUAAAGCAUUUUGAAAGGC